UUACGACUGAUAUUUAUUUAUCGCUGCAGCCCUAUCCUACUUCAAUGUUAAAGGUUGUUUCAGACAAGUAGUACGAACUUUGUAUAUCAAAUGGCACACUUAUGCAUGUAUAUCAAAUGGUUCAUUUUAACCCAAUUUCUUCUGACACUAGUUCUCAGAACUGGUGCCAAAGUUCCAGCAAUUAUCGUGUUUGGGGACUCAUCCGUAGAUGCUGGAAAUAACAACCAGAUCCCAACUAUUGCCAGGAGCAAUUUUGAGCCUUAUGGUCGUGACUUUUCAGGUCGCAAGGCAACUGGAAGGUUCUCUAAUGGCCGAAUUGCCACAGACUUUGUUUCUGAGGCAUUUGGUCUCAAGCCAACCAUACCAGCGUACUUGGAUCCAGCAUAUAAUAUAGCUGACUUUGCCACUGGAGUUACCUUUGCUUCUGCUGGGACUGGCUAUGACAAUGCCACUUCUAAUGUGUUGUCUGUGAUACCAAUUUGGAAGGAAUUAGUGUACUAUGAAGACUAUCAGAAGAGGUUGAGAGCCUAUCUUGGAGAAACUAAGGCUAACCAAGUAAUAAGUGACGCUUUGUACAUGAUAAGCAUGGGAACGAAUGAUUUCCUUGAGAACUACUACACCUUCCCAGCUGGUCGACAAUCCCAAUUCACGGUUACACAGUACGAGGACUUUUUGAUUGGAAUUGCCGGAAAUUUCAUCAAGGAACUCUAUGGUCUAGGAGCUCGAAAAAUAUCCUUAGGAGGGUUACCUCCAAUGGGGUGUUUGCCAUUGGAGAGAGCCACUAAUAUUGCUGGUGGCAAUCAAUGCUUGGAGAGCUACAACAAUGUGGCUUUGGAGUUCAAUGGAAAGUUGAAGAUGUUAGCAACUACGCUGAACAAGGAUCUUCCUGGGCUCAAAUUGGUGUUUUCAAAUCCAUACUAUAUAUUCACCUAUCUUAUAAGAAAACCUGCUACCUAUGGAUUUGACGUGACUUCAAUGGGCUGUUGUGCAACCGGAAUGUUCGAGAUGGGUUACUCAUGCAAUCGAAAUAAUUUAUUGACCUGCACAAAUGCGGACAAAUAUGUAUUUUGGGAUGCCUUCCACCCAACACAAAAAACCAAUAGUAUCAUCUCCAAUUAUCUGGUGAAGACUGCUUUGGCUGGGUUCCUUUAAUUUCCGUUUUAGCAUAUAUAAAUAUAUAAUGUAUCCUUAUCAAGCUAUGCCUAGGCCUAGCUAGCUAGCAACAUUGUGAAUGCUCAUAUAUAUUUAUUAUGCUUUAAACUUGAAUAACCGUAUUUAUAGUAUGCUAUAUGGUAUAUGGUCUAUCGAACAAUACAAAGCUUGUAAUUUAUUUCUUUCCACUUGAGGACCUGAUCAAGUUAUGUUAAAAUUAUAUGGAACCUUCAAUAAUAGAUUCACAUAUUACUAGUU